UCGGAGAGGAAGUGGUCCCACCGUGGACGAUUAGCCACCAAAUCUAGACAGCAUUAGUGAAUGGCAACGAGGAGAGAACACAGGUCAUUUUAAGCGACACAAUCAAUAGAGAAACGCACAACAGAACUGCAGGCCUCAGUGAAAAUCCCAGCCACUUUCCAUUUGUGCAAAAGGCGUCUUUCUGCCUAAAUGAGGGGAAGCAUCAGGUGUUGAUAAAGAGAAGAUUUAUCAUGAAGCCCAGAUUAAGUUUUGUCUACAUAUCCAGAAAGUCUCACUUUUUACCUUGAACUCGUGACAGGAGAGGAUGAUGAUAUGAGAUAAAGUGGACGACUGGAGGAGCCCAGUCCCCUCACCUCCACCUCUUUUGAAGAAUGGCAGGCCUACAGCUUGUCACCCCUGCCACUUCACCCAUGGGGCCUUUCUUUGGUCUGCCGUGGCAGCAGGAGGCGAUCCACGAUAACAUCUAUACACCUAGGAAAUAUCAGGUAGAACUUCUUGAAGCAGCUCUUGAACAUAAUACUAUCGUCUGCUUGAAUACUGGCUCAGGGAAGACCUUUAUUGCAGUACUUCUAACGAAAGAGCUCUCCCACCAAAUCCGGGGACGCUACCAAGAAAAUGCGAAGAGGACAGUUUUUCUGGUGAACUCAGCUCUGUCUGUAGUUCAGCAGGCAGCCGCAGUCCGGACUCACUCAGACCUCCAGGUGGGAGAGUACACAGAUUUAGAGGAGACCUCAUCAUGGACUGACCAACAGUGGAGUCAGGAGAUAAUCGAGAAUCAGGUGUUGGUCAUGACGUGCCACAUGUUCCUGCACGUUCUGAGGAAUAAAAUCUUACAGUUAUCUAAAAUCAACCUGGUGGUUUUCGAUGACUGUCACCUGGCCAUCACAGACCACCCCUACUGUGACAUCAUGAAGCUAUUUGAGGGCUGCUCAGGGAGCUCUCGUAUCCUGGGCCUGACAGCUUCUAUUCUGAACGGAAAGUGUGACCCGUCAGAACUGGAGCACAAGAUCCAGAACCUGGAGACGAUCCUGAAGAGCAACGCGGAAACUGCCACUGACCUCGUGGUCCUGGACAGGUACGCCUCUCAGCCCAGAGAGGUGGUUCUGGACUGUGGUCCCUACAUGGACAAGAGCGGCCUCUCCUCCAGGCUGCAGGAGGAACUCGAUGAUGCUCUCCACUUCCUGAACGACUGCAACGUACCUGUUGCCAGAGAGGAUCGCGACCCCACAUUCAUCUCUAAACAGGUCCUGAGUGACUGCCGGGCCGUGCUGAUGGUGCUGGGACCCUGGUGUGCAGACAAGGCGGCAGGCAUCAUGGUGCGGGAGCUCCAGAAGUACAUCAAACACGAACAGGAGGAGCUGAGCCGAAAGUUUCUACUCUUCACCGACACCAUCCUGCGCAAAGUGCACGCGCUCUGCGAGGAGCACUUCUCCCCCGCCUCGCUCGACCUCAAGUUCGUCACCCCCAAAGUCCUCCGGCUGCUCGAGAUCCUGCACGAGUACAAGCCCUUCGAGCGGCAGCAGUUUGAAAGCGUGGAGUGGUACAACAACCGCAACCAGGACAACUACGUGUCCUGGAGCGACUCGGAGGAUGAAGACGAGGACGAGGAGGUGGAGGUCAAAGAGAGGCCUGAAGCCAACUUCCCCUCGCCAUUUACAAACAUCCUAUGUGGGAUCAUCUUUGUUGAGAGGAGAUACACCGCUGUGGUCCUCAACCGUCUGAUCAAAGAGGCGGGGAAACAGGACCCGGAGCUGGCUUACAUCAGCAGCAACUUCAUCACCGGCCACAGCAUCGGCAAGAACCAGCCGAGGAACAAACAGAUGGAGGUGGAGUUCAGAAAACAAGAAGAGGUUCUACGUAAAUUUCGCGCUCAUGAAACCAACCUGCUGAUCGCCACCAGCAUCGUGGAGGAAGGCGUGGAUAUCCCAAAGUGUAACCUUGUGGUGCGGUUCGACCUGCCCACAGAGUACAGGUCCUACGUCCAGUCCAAAGGCCGGGCUCGAGCCCCCGUCUCCAACUACAUCAUGCUGGCUGACAGUGAGAGGACCAAAUCCUUCGAGGACGAUCUCACCACCUACAAGGCCAUAGAGAAGAUCUUAAGGAACAAAUGCUCCAAGUCGGUGGAGGUGAGCGAGUUUGAGGUGGAGCAGGUUCUAGACGAUGACAACAUCCUCCCUCCCUACGUGCUGCGAUCUGAGGAUGGAGGUCCGCGGGUCACCAUCAACACAGCCAUCGGACACAUCAACAGGUAUUGCGCUCGACUGCCCAGUGACCCGUUCACACACUUGGCUCCAAAAUGUCGAACAGCGGAGACGCAGAACGGACGCUUCCAGUCCACGCUCUACCUGCCCAUCAACUCACCCCUCAGAGUUCCUAUCAAGGGUCCCAUCAUGAACUGUGCCAGACUGGCAGAGAAAGCUGUUGCACUACUAUGCUGUGAGAAACUCCACAAAAUAGGUGAGCUGGAUGAUCACCUGAUGCCGGUGGGAAAGGAGACGGUGAAGUACGAGGAGGAGCUGGACCUCCACGAUGAAGAGGAGACCAGCGUACCAGGCCGGCCAGGAUCCACCAAGAGGAGGCAGUGCUACCCUAAAGCCAUACCAGAGUGUUUGCGGGACAGUUACGCUGUCCCAGAGCAGACGUACUACCUUUAUGUGAUCGGGAUGGUCCUCACCACACCUCUCCCCGAUGAGCUUAACUUCCGCAGGAGGAGGCUUUACCCACCUGAGGACACCACCAGGUGCUUCGGCAUCCUGACUGCCAAACCCAUACCUCGAAUCCCACAUUUCCCCGUGUACACUCGCUCAGGUGAGGUGACCAUCUCCAUCGAGCUGCAGAAGUCUGGCUUCUCUCUCACCACCGCCCAGCUUGACCUCAUCACCCGCCUGCACCAGUACAUCUUCUCUCACAUCCUCCGCCUGGAGAAACCUGCACUGGAGUUCAAGCCCACGCUGGCUGACUCGGCGUACUGCGUUCUACCUCUGAAUGUUGUUGGGGACACCGACACACUCGAUAUGGACUUUACGUUCAUGGAGGACAUUGAGAAGUCUGAGGCCCGCACUGGCAUUCCUACCACUCAGUACACCAAGCAGAACCCCUUCACCUUCAAGCUCGAGGACUACCAGGAUGCUGUCAUCAUUCCAAGGUAUCGUAACUUCGACCAGCCUCAUCGCUUCUACGUCGCUGACGUGUACACAGACCUGACGCCGCUCAGCAAGUUCCCUUCACCGGAGUACGAGACGUUUGCCGAGUACUACAAAACCAAGUACAACCUGGACCUGUCCAACCUGAACCAGCCCCUCCUGGAUGUGGACCACACCUCCUCCAGACUGAACCUGUUAACUCCUCGGCACCUGAACCAGAAGGGGAAAGCCCUGCCGCUCAGCAGUGCAGAGAAGAGGAAGGCCAAGUGGGAGAGUCUGCAGAACAAACAGAUCCUGGUUCCAGAGCUGUGUGCCAUCCACCCGAUCCCGGCCUCCCUGUGGAGGAAAGCUGUGUGUCUGCCCAGCAUCCUCUACCGCCUCCACUGCCUCCUGACCGCCGAGGAACUCCGAGCUCAGACUGCGAGUGAAGCUGGAGUUGGAGCUCAGACCCUCCCCCCUGACUUCAGAUAUCCAAACCUGGACUUUGGCUGGAAGAGAUCCAUCGACAGCAAAACCUUCAUCACCUGCUCUGAUUCCUGCGAUGAGGAUGGUGAGGAUGGUGAGGAUGGUGAGGAGGAUCACUGUACGCACCAAGAGACUGAAACCCCUGACCCUGACCCCCUCACACAUCCCAGCAGCCUCCACUCUUCCCCCUCGAAGUCCGGAGACUCCCCCUGCACCAGGAACCUAACCAACGGCACUGCCCAGGUCGCCAACUGUGACGACGACGGCCACCAACACGAGCACCUUCACCAACAUGACAAUUGCCAACGCUCGCAGCCCGACCCCCCCGGGCUGCAGAGCCCCGAAUCAAUACAAACCACUACCUCAGUUUCUGUGCAGCCCUCUCCCAGCGUGAAGAAGCCCAGCUCCAGUCCUCCGCAGCCCAGUGAUGAAUGUACAGCAGGGAGGACCUCAGACCACAAAAAUCAAGCUACCUCAGUCAGCAGCCGAGAAGCUACGGGUCCCCACGCUCACACAGCACCUUCCCCUGACCUCCCCGCUGUCCCCCAGCACAGAGCCGAGGCGGGGGACUCCCCUAAAAGCCUGGGCCCAAACCCUGGCCUCAUCCUGCAGGCCCUGACCCUAUCCAACGCCAGUGACGGCUUCAACCUGGAGAGGCUGGAAAUGCUCGGAGACUCUUUUCUCAAACACGCCAUCACCACGUACCUGUUCUGUACCUACCCGGACGCUCACGAGGGACGACUCAGCUACAUGAGGAGCAAAAAGGUGAGUAACUGCAACCUGUACCGCCUGGGGAAGAAGAAGGGUCUCCCCAGCAGGAUGGUGGUGUCCAUCUUUGACCCCCCCGUCAACUGGCUGCCCCCUGGAUACGUGGUCAACCAGGACAAGAGCAUCCCCGAUAUACCGGACUCAGAGGAGGCCAAAGAGGAGCUGCUGGCCAACGGUCGCUCUGGAAAUGACUUUGAUGAGGAAGAGGAGGAGGAGGAGUUGGAGGAGGAGGAGGUGGUGGAGGAUGAUGCUGAGCUGAUGCUGAAGGACGAGCCGAAAGAUGAAGUCAACAUGGAGGACGAUCUGGAGUACUACAAGGAGCACAUCAAGUUCAUCGACAACAUGCUGCUGGGAUCCGGUGCGUUUGGAAAGAAGAUCUCUCUGAGCGGCUUCCCUCCCCCCCUCACCCCGGCCUCAGCCGCCUCCCCCCCCAUGGAGUCUCCCUACGAGUGGAAGCCCCCCAAAAAGGCCCACCAUCCCACCACAGCCCACUUCCCCGCCGAGCCGGCGCCCAGCGCACCUUCUGCUGAGGAGUUCGAUUACAGCUCGUGGGACGCCAUGUGUUACCUGGACCCCAGUAAAGCCGGAGAGGAGGACGACUUCGUGGUCGGUUUCUGGAAUCCGUCAGAGGAGAACUGCGGCGCCGAGCUCGGCAAGCAGUCCAUCUCGUACGACCUGCACACGGAGCAGUGCAUCGCCGACAAGAGCAUCGCUGACUGUGUGGAGGCUCUGCUGGGCUGCUACCUGACCAGCUGUGGAGAGCGAGCCGCACAGAUGUUCCUCUGCUCACUGGGCCUCAAGGUGUUGCCGUUGGAAAGAGGGAACCUGACGGGAGCGGUGGUGCAGAGCCGUCACACAGCCAUCGACCUGUGCUACGGCUGGCUGAAGAUCCCACCCCGCAGCCUGCUGGACCAUCCGGACGCAGAGCGAACCCUCAACCACCUCAUCUCGGGCUUCGAGAACUUUGAAAGCAAGAUCAACUACACCUUUCAGAAUAAGGCUUACCUUCUGCAGGCCUUCACCCACGCCUCCUACCAUUACAACACCAUCACAGAUUGUUACCAGCGGCUGGAGUUCCUCGGUGAUGCAAUUCUAGACUACCUCAUAACAAAGCACCUUUAUGAAGACCCACGGCAGCAUUCCCCCGGCGUACUGACCGACCUGCGUUCCGCUCUCGUCAACAACACCAUCUUUGCCUCCCUGGCUGUCAAGUACGACUACCACAAGUACUUCAAGGCGAUCUCGCCCGAGCUGUUCCACGUCAUCGACGACUUUGUGCAGUUUCAGCUGGAGAAGAACGAGAUGCAGGGCAUGGACUCUGAGCUGCGUCGCUCUGAAGAAGACGAGGAGAAGGAGGAAGACAUCGAGGUCCCGAAGGCCAUGGGGGACAUCUUUGAGUCUUUGGCUGGAGCCAUCUACAUGGACAGCAGGAUGUCCCUGGAGACGGUGUGGCAGGUGUAUUAUCCAAUGAUGAGGCCACUCAUAGAGAAAUUCUCUGCCAAUGUGCCACGCUCUCCUGUGAGGGAGCUGCUGGAGAUGGAACCAGAAACUGCCAAGUUCAGCCCCGCAGAGAGGACGUACGACGGGAAGGUCCGGGUGACGGUGGAGGUCGUCGGUAAGGGCAAGUUCAAAGGAGUGGGCCGCAGCUACCGGAUCGCCAAGUCAGCGGCGGCGCGUCGAGCUCUGCGCAGCCUCAAAGCCAAUCAACCUCAGGUCCAAAACAACUGAGCUCAGCAUAAGCACCUAAGCUAUCGAUGCUAAAUGAGAGAAAGCAACACCGUCUUCCCGGACACACGGCGCAACGCUCGCCCUGCCCUGCAUCCUCAGCCGGGUGGGGGGAGGGGGAGGGGGGGCCUGUGGAGACGCAGCAGGAGAAGCAGACUGAUCUCACAACAGAUUUCACAUCAGAUCUCGUACCUUUUUUCGUUUUCUUUUUUUAUCCCCCUUUUUUUUGCGCAAACACAAUCUUUACUUUUCCCUCUCUGCUUUGUGUAAUCACAUGAGUGCUUUAUUAACGUUUAGCAAAGUGUCUAAAAACAAAAAAAAAAAAAAAAAAAAAAGGGUCAGGUCGCAAUGUCUACUCCUCACUGUUACGUUUUUUUUUUUUUUUUUGUACCUGCGUGUCAAUGAGACGAGGCUUUUGCUUAUUGUGUAGUUUUUGGUUGUACAUAGUUCAAUCAAAGGUGUAAAUCAAAGUAUGUAGGAAGUUUAAAAAAAAAAAAAACACAAAAAAACGCUAAACUCCUCAGCCUGUGCACUAGUGCCAGUCGGUUUUACAGCGGAUUUGAAAACGCUAACGGCAGACGUGGCUAACAGAUACCACUGGAGCAAAAAAAAAAGAAAGAAAAGAAACCCCUGGUGGCACCUCUGUCUGAAAUCUGAAAUCUGUCUUGAAAUGGUAUUCUUAAUCAUUUUUGCACUAAUUCCAUUAGGGUCUGUUACUUUGAGAAUUGUGUGGUCACAUUGACACCAAAAUCAUUUACGUAGCAAAGAAUAUAAAUAUAUAUAUAAAAAAUCAAAUACAUGAACGAUAUCUUCGGCCUCUCGCUAAGGCCCGCCCCUCAUAUCCUGCAGAGACGAGAGGAAUUUCAACAUUCCCAGUUACUGUAAUUUAAAACUCGUUUUUAAAAAAAACCUGCACUCGAGGUCGCAUGUUCCUGUAGCUUCUGUGUAAACCACGACAACUGGACGGCUUCUUUAAAUGUUUCAACCUAUGGAUAUAUACUCUGGAGAGUGUGAGAGCAAGAGGACACGACGUGUGUGGCAUUAUCUGGAUGAUUUGGUUCAACAUGUUUUGAUACACGGCGGGGAUUGGAAGUCGAUUCUCGCACGCUCAAACGUUCUUUCAGCCGAGCGAAUCAUCCAGUUUUGAUAUAAAACGAGAGGAAGACAUAUCACACCACACGUUGGAUAUAUGCUGCAGACUUUUCUACAAAAUUGGACACACAGAAUCUUUUUUGAGUACAUCGUCUUUGUGAAAAAAAGGCCGACUCACGUUUCCUCACAUCCCCAACCUACCAAAGCUAGAGCAGAUGUGACACUAUGAGGUUGAAGUCGAGUCCGAUACGGAUACCAGCCUUUUCUUUUUUUUUUAUGGUUUCUGUUCCGACAAAUUUUGCUUCUCGCUAAAUGUAUUUUAUUUUUUGUUCUCAUCAUCGUCAUCAUUAAGCCCUUUGUUCACGUGAAUACCUCAGUUAAUUGCAUGCAUUUUCGUUUUCUUUUUUUUUUUGUUUGGUGCUAUGUUUUUUUGUAUUAAGCUUGAAUUUCUCGUCUUUUUUUGCACUGUAACUAUAAUACCUCUUUUUAUUUGACCUUUUUUUUUUUUUUUUUUAAAUCUGUUUGAUUUGGUUGUCCCGUUCGUUCGUCAAGCUGCGUCGUCUCCCUCCCCCACCUCCCCCCCUCAUGCUUGAGGUUCACACUUUUUUUGGGGGGGAAGGAGGGGCAGGAAGUCUAUUCUCUGCACAGAGGCAUAACUUCUUUUUCUUUUUUGUCUCCUCAUCAUUAGCUAUGAGUGUCAUCAGUGGAGAUACUUUUUUAGACAUCCGGGUUAAAACCAACAGGACUGAGUAAUCAGAAGGGUAUUUGCUCGCAGACGUGGUCGGGUUGUACUCAUCAUUUCAUCAGCGGUCGUUUCAUAAAACUAUGGACAUAUUUCAAGGGUUGUUUUAGGAUUUCACUAAACCUGGGUCCUUUAUUCUUUAAUAUUGGCAGGCAAAAGACAGAGAGGAUGGACUUUUCUCAUCAUUGGGGGGUUUGUAGACGGACUAGAGACACAUGGUGAAGUGUAUUUUGCAUCAUAUGUGAACUUUAACUCUGAAGAAAAACAGCAACAUCUAAUUCAGUGAUUCUCAACUGGUCCAACUCCUCCAGGAAAAAUUGCGACCCAAAUUUUGUAUGUUUUUGACCAAUCAGAUUUAUUUACUGAAAACCUGUGCAGAUUGCACAUAUUUAUUUUUGCUCUCUGCUGGAAUUGUUCUGAUUUGAAUUACCUGCCAACCGCUAAACCAGCUAUCCGAUUUCUAAUGUGUUGCCAUAUUUUUUAAAACUGGUUCCUACCGAUAACUAGCAAGAAUAAAAACUGAGGAAAGUCUUUGUUUUCUUCACAUGAAAAUCAAUGAGAAGUCAGUCUUCAUGUAGUCCAUCAGUCGUCCGUGUUUGACUGUAAAACAGAGUGCAAUCUGUCAUCACGUCUCGAGCAUGUGGAUCCUUCAAUCUGAGCUGUUUAGAUUUCUCUGUUAGAGUCACACACCUCCCGACACCUCAGUCUGUAGUACACACACACACACAGCCAUGACACACUAAUUAUCUGUAAGUUCCCAGGAAGGGGGAGGGGGGGGGUUACUAACAACGAAUGUGAAUCACUCAUACAGUACCACCCUCAAAUAAUCUGAUCAGGCAUAAAUACACAACAACCUUUUCUUUUGAUCUCCGAGGGAGGUGUGUGUGUGUACGGAAGGGACGGAGGACAGAAGGAGGGUCCUGUGUUUUUCAGAGCGGACUUUGUUGUUUCUCGACCCGAUGGAUUUUAAUUUAAUUUUUCUUUCUUUUUUUGUACAUGUAGCACAAUUGAGCAUUGCACUUGGGCGCCAUACUUUACCUCAUGUCAGAGUGUGAAAGGGAGUGAACGAUGGAGGAAACAAAGACGAGUGUAUAUACGAUGUUAAAGAGGACUCAACUUGUGGUUCAGGCUUUGCUGCUGCCGCCUCCAUGCUGGUAUUCAAACAAUAAAGGAAGGGCUGUGGGAGGAGACACGACACGGGCCUGUAAGUGAUCUGUACAAAUAUCUGGACGUCUUGUUCUGUGGCGUCCUGCCUCAAACACGUCCAUCGACUCUCUGCCUGACUACUUUAGAGUCACUGAUGCUUCAUCCUACCGAGUCGCUCCUUUUGUCCAGAGCUGUGUCAGUCUGAAGUCAAACCUCCCAGCGCGCUUAGCCAGAGCUUAAAGGAAACAUCCACUCAAACAUGUUUCUGUACUGUUGGAAAAACAAAGCAGUCCGUACAACUGUCUGUCACCUUUCACCCCCGCGAUUUAAACGACCUGUAAGAAUUGAGAAAUGAGCAUUUUAGACGUCGUGUUCGAAGGGGGAAGGAAGAAAUCCCAAUAAGAAACGAAAUAGGAAAAAAUGCUAAACCAUAAAAGUCUAUCUUUUCCCGCCUUUUAGCAGCCGGGUGUCGGAGUUUUGUUUGAAUCAUCUGAACAAAUUAACUGAAUCAGCAAUUCGCCGCUCACUGAAAGCUACUUUUCUGUAAUUUUAUUCAGUGUGCUGCAGGUUUUCUUUCUAUGUUCCUGCAGAGUAGCACCUGAGAACGUAGGUUGGCCGUGCCUGGACCACCCGCUUGGUCUUUUAGAUGAACUACCAUUUCUUUAGACCGCCUCAGCUGCAUCUCUGUUGUCCACUGUGAGGUCAAGAAGGGUUUAAGAAAAGUUGGGAAAUUGGCUUCAACUGCUGCCAAUCUAAUUCUAAUCUCCUAGUCUUUGUAUCUCUAUCUCUAGCUCUAGUCUUAAAAUAUCUUUUGGUUAAAAUGACAUGAACAGUUUUAGAAUUGCUCCUUAAAAAACAACAACCGUGGUAGUAGUGGGGAAAAGAAACACCAGCAGCAGCAGACAGUCGUUGCUGAUUGUUAGCAUGUUUUCCAGCAGUGCGGGUGUCUGAAUGUGGAUCUUUUCCUUUGAGCUCCGGUGUAAAGUCAUGGUCAGUGUGAACAGAGGGUUGUAUUUCCUCUGUGAAACGAUGACUCUUUGUUUUGGGCAGCAUGAAGUCUGUCUCCUAAAUCCAGCACAGAGCCUGACAGCAGGCGAACACCAGCAGAGCGGAGCUGAACGUGUCCAGUGAUGGACUGAUGAUGUCAGUGUGGUGAAUUAUGGGCCAUCAUGACCUGCAGCCAGAGUGUAAGGGACGGUGGAAGAGAAACUCCUCAAUCAUACUGUAAUACCGAGCUGCAGUGGUUUGCGGUCUGCACCUUAUGGAUCACAGAAACCUUUAAUUUUGUUUGUUUGGAUUUUUUUUUUCUUCUUUUUUUUUUUUUACAAUUGUAGCCCAGUAUAUCUACAAUAAAGUAAUGGUAUGGUCAUUCA